AUGGUGGAAAACAGCACUGACCGUUUCGUUGGGGUGGUCUCCUUCGCCUGUUUGCUCUUUGUGAUUGGUGCAGUGGCAGUGGUAGCUAAACUUCAUUGUGACAUAAUUUCUACAGCAAAGCAGGCAGAAGAAGAAUUAGCCAAGUUUAACAUUGUUCAUGAGGAGUUAUGGAAGGAAACUCUCAAGUUGGUGGACAUUUACGGAAGGAACAUUGAAAAGAGGAAUGUUGUAUAUCAAAGCCAAGUACGCCAAACUCCCAACAGACACUAUGUACUAAAUCAUCAACCUCAGCGUAACAGGCGAUUUUAUGUCACGGCACCGUCACUACAACCAGUCUAUGCGUUUCAGCGUUCAUAUGCUCCUCAGCAAGUGUACCAACAAGCUGUUCCACAACAGCUCUAUCAGCAACAAGUUUUCACUGACAAUAGAGUGGUGGAAUGUGACUGUCCCAAUGGACCUCGCGGUCCUCCCGGACCUUCUGGAUAUGAUGGAGUUCCUGGGCUACCUGGAGAAGAUGGUACAAACGGCGACGAUGACAACACGCUAACACUGCAUUAUUCGGACUCGUGCGCAAUGUGCCCCGCUGGACCACCCGGACCUCCAGGACGCCCGGGACCGGAAGGAGUUCCCGGACCACAAGGCCUACCAGGUAUACCUGGACUUGAUGGAGCUCCAGGUAUUCCUGGUCCAAGAGGGCCCGAAGGCGAUAGGGGGUUGCCUGGAGAACGCGGACCACCUGGUCCAAUCGGUAUACUAGGCGGAAAAGGAGUGUUUUACACAAGCGUGCCAGGACCACCUGGACCUCCAGGUCCAGUAGGAGAGCCGGGUGUGAUUGGUGAAACAGGGUUACCCGGCUUAGAGGGCCCUCCAGGGCCACCGGGCCCACGGGGAUGGCCAGGAGUAAGUGGGAGCCGAGGAGCGGACGGCAGUUAUGGCCCAUCUCAAUCCCAGCAACGCAAUGUUCUAAAAGUUGUGCGGAAAAGAAAAAAGCAAGAGACCGAGUCGCUAGAAAAUGUCGCUAAGUUCUGUGCUGUUAGUUGA